AUGGACCUACCUACCGUCAAGGCUGCCGUCAAAUCAUGGGAGAAAUCAUUCAGAGCUAGAGAAGGAAGAGAUCCGACAAAGGAAGAUAUCAAAAGAGAUCCAGGUGAUAUAGCAUCACAAUACGCCUUAUAUCGUAAACUCACCAAAGCCUCUUCCGCCUCAUCUUCUCAAUCACUUCGUCCACCACCAUCUUCAUCCACAGCCGCACCGUCAUCCUCUUCCUCAUCUCAAUAUCGGUCUACACCACGGAACGUCCCUUCUUCGGAAUAUCCCACUACGCCCACCCCACCUUCGAGGAGGGUCAGCGGGUCGUUCUUCAGUAGUGCCAGUGCAAGUAAUUCACGAGCCGGUCCAUCGAGGUCGAAUAGAACAUCACUAGGUGUAGGUCUACAAGAUGAUGAUGUGGGGAACAAGUCGUUGAAGAGAAAAGCCUCGAAAUCAAAUAUACCAUCUUCACCACCUCCAACAUCCACUUCCUCAUUAACGUCCCGAACGUUGUUUAGUACACCUAAGAAAUACAAAGCGUAUACAGGUCCGAUACAUGAUCCCAACCCUAUCAACCCAUUCAACACAACCACUACGCCUACUAAAUCUUCGCCUUUCGGUCCUGGACCAGGUAUGAAUGGGUUACAGAGGGAAAAAUCAUUUUCAUCGCCAUUCAUCCACGCUUCCAGUCCCAAGAAACUCAAAGAGGUAUUGGAAGCUAAUUCGCUGAAGAAGGUGAAAGAAAGGACCAAUACGGGAAAUGAGAUCACACCUAGGACAAGGGCUAGGAAGAGAUUGAAAGGUGAGGAAGUGGAAGAUACACCGCUCAAGCAGAAGGUACCGAGGAGGAAGAGAGGUCAGGGCCAGGCGAGGACAAGUGAAGAACCGUUAGAACCACUAGAAGAAGAAGAAGCUCAAGGGAAUUUCUUGAAACCUGGAAACAGAAGUAUUUUCGAUGAUGAGGACGAAGAAGAAGAUGAAUUGGGACCCUCGCCUAUCAAAGUUAAUGAUAAACAGCAAGGAAGGGGAUUUACAAGUUUGUUUGGUGAAGUAGAAGGAGAAGGAGAAGUGGGAGAUGACGAGGAUGAAGAUGAGGAAGACUCACGUAGGACAAAUCAUCAAAUAUCGAUGACAGCUCAAUUAAAAGGUAUCGAUGCUAGUGCCGGUAACAAGAGUAGAUCGGGACUUGAUACUAGUAGAAGCACGAAUAUCAAGAAAGCGAAAAGUAAAUCGAAUGGUAAUACGAAUGGGAAUGGGAUCAUAAAUUUCUUCAAUAGGAUUAGCACUGGUAAAUCCACAUUACCAACCAAAUCACAAAAUCCCGAAGAUGAUGAAUUAUUGAAAUCUACGUCGCCUAUACCUAUACCUGAAGAAGUUCCAUCGAUCCAGAUUCAAUCUCCACCCUCACUCGAACCUACACCUUCAGCAGAUGAAAUUCCACUGAUUGACGACAUUUCGCCCGUUAUGGACGAAGCUAUACAGGAUGAUGAACCAGGACUAGCUUCGGAUUAUACGCCCUCUGCAUCCCAGAGACGUAGAGAGAAAGUGUUGAACCUGAGUGACGAUGAGAUCGAUGAAUUUGAUCCUGAGGGUGGGUAUGUCAAGAGGAAGAUCCGGAUCGUACCCACCCGAAGGGAAGUGAAGAGGAGGAAUAGUAGCUCGGAUCUAUCAGGUGAAGAAGACGAUGAUGAACAGCAAGAUGAUACGGGUCUCAAUGCGAAUGAACAGGACGGAGAAGAACAAGAGGAAGAGGAAGAGCAAGUGUUCAUCUCGCCAUCGAAUACCAAAUCAUUAUCAAUCCCAAUGUUGAACCUCCUCUCGAUUCAUUCACCUUCUCAGUCGAAAACAAGAGCUCAAGUUGCCAAAGCGAAACUAGAGGAAUUGAGAGUGAAAGCGCUGUUCAACCCAUCCGAUGCGGCCAAGUUGAAAGCAAUGAAGAGAGGACAGGAUAUCUCGUUCACUGGUGAAGCCAGGGUGGAAGAUGAUGAAGAAGAGGAUGAACAAGGUAUAUUGGAGAAAUACGACUUCGGUUUGAAAGACAUUCCAGAGAAGGGAGAUGUUGAAGACGGAGGGGCCGAUGGUGGGGAGAGGGAGGAUGAUGAUUGGGAGAGUGAAAGUGAAGGUUGGAAGAGGGAACAAACAGAAGAAGAUUGGUAG